UUAAUCAUAAAAAUUUAAUUUGUAAAUAGGUAUGUCACUGUCUUUGCACCUCUCAUUUCCAACAUAUUUGCAUAUUGCCUUUCGCCUCUUUAUUUGAUAUUUUAAGUGAAAACACCUUAUGCAAUUUUAUGACGAACAAUCAAGUAAAUAAUCGAUUUUAGGUUAAUAACUUGCUAGCAUAUCACGAAUUCAUCCGCGUGGAUUAAGUUCUUAUAAAGACUCCGUUGGAAUUUUUCUAAAUCCUUUCCUAUUUUGUUUAGAUCUGAGGUUAAAUCUCAAGUUUCUAAACCUAGUUGUUUAAGCUGUAGGUUGAUAUCUAAGCUAGUAAGUUUCUCAUUUAUAAUAAUUCCAUAAAUUAAAAAAAACGUAGUUAGACACUGAAUUUAAUUUGUAAAUAUUACUAUUUUAAAACAUAAUCAAAACUUUUUGCCAGACAGGUAGGAAAAUGUUUUCUGGAAAAGUAGUACUCAUUACUGGCGCUAGCUCUGGCAUCGGUGCUGAAACUGCACGGGAAUUUUCUAGACUAGGCGCAAGUUUAGUACUUACUGGAAGAAAUAAAGAAAAUUUAGAAAUGGUAUCCAAAAAUUGUGAAGAGAUAUCUUCCAACAAACCUGUACCUUUGAAAAUCAUUGCUGACAUCAAAAACGAGAAAGAUGUUGAAAAUAUUAUUGAAACCACAAUUAAACAUUUUAAGAAGCUUGAUGUUCUCGUUAACAACGCGGGCAUAGCAGCAUCUGUUACCAUAGAAACUACAUCGUUACACCAAUUUGAUGAUAUCAUGCAAACUAAUGUUCGUGCACCGUAUUACUUAACGAUGCUUGCUACUCCGUAUCUCAUUAGAAGGAAAGGAAAUAUUGUUAAUGUUUCUAGUGUAGGCGGAUUGAGGGCAUUCCCAGAUUUUCUAGCUCACUGUAUAUCUAAAGCUGCUUUGGACCAAUUCACUAGAUGUGUGGCUCUUGAGUUAGCCUCAAAGGGUGUUCGUGUUAAUUCUGUAAAUCCUGGUGAUAUAAUUACUGGUAUACAUUUGAAAGGAAGCGUGUCAGAGCAUCAGUAUAAGGCAUAUUUAGAAAAAUGUAAAACAAUUCAUCCUCUUGGUAGAAUUGGAGAACCUAACGAAGUAUCAUCUGUUAUUGCAUUUUUAGCUAGUGAUGCAGCAAGUAACAUUACUGGUUCGAGUUUAUCAGUUGACGGUGGUCGCCAAGCCGCGUGUCCUCGUUAGAAAUCAUUGCAUACAGCUACCAUAUUUGGAAGAAUGCCUUUAUUUUUUGAUUGAUGUAGUCGUGGAUAAAUUAAUAUUUUCGUUUUCAAUAUUAUAAUAUUAACAUUGUUAAGUUUGAAAAAAUAUAUAAAAGAAUAGGUUAAAAUAACAUGUGUUUGUUGUAAUAACCUCUGUUUUAAUGCCUUGUUUGAUCAUUCCAAGUUAAGGAACUAUUUUAUUAGUACCUAUCUAACGGUAAUAAAAAUACUUUUGACCUUCGAUUCAUAUUUUGUAUAAUA